AUGGCAGUCUUUUCGCGGGUCGGCUUCCUGGCCGUCGCACUCGUCUUCCACCUUGUGUACAUUUACUCCAUCUUCGACAUUUAUUUUGUCAGCCCAAUCGUCUCGGGGAUGCAACUUGUCCGGAUUGAACGCCCAGCUGGCGUCAAAAAUCCGGCUGACCGACUGGUCCUCUUCGUCGGAGACGGUUUGCGAGCAGACAAAGCUUUCCAGUCCUUUCCCGACCCCUACCCGAAGAACGAGGAAGACUUGGCUCCACGGCCCCUGGCCCCCUUUCUACGAUCCCGCGUCUUGGAGCACGGCACCUUCGGAGUAUCGCAUACGCGUGUGCCCACAGAAUCCCGUCCGGGCCAUGUUGCUCUCAUCGCCGGUCUUUAUGAGGAUGUUUCGGCCGUCGCGACUGGGUGGAAGCUGAAUCCUGUCGAUUUCGACAGCGUCUUCAACCGCAGUCGCCAUACCUGGAGUUGGGGCUCUCCCGAUAUCCUACCCAUGUUUGAGCAGGGUGCUGUGCCUGGCCGCGUGGACUCUUACACCUACGGCGCCGAGUUUGAGGAUUUCUCUUCGGACGCCUUGGACCUAGACUACUGGGUCUUCGAUCACGUCAAGGACCUCUUCGCGGAGGCAUCCAAAAAUGAGACCUUGAAUGCAGCUCUGCGUGAAGAUAAGGUCGUUUUCUUUCUCCAUCUUCUGGGGUUGGAUACCACGGGUCAUUCGUACCGACCGUACUCGAAGGAGUAUUUGAGAAACAUCCAAGUUGUAGACCAGGGCGUCAAGGAAAUCACGGAAAUCAUCGAGAAGUUCUACGCCGAUGACCGAACCGCUUUCGUUUUCACUGCGGACCACGGCAUGAGUGAUUGGGGCAGCCACGGCGAUGGCCAUCCGAACAAUACGCGAACUCCCCUCAUCGCCUGGGGUUCGGGGGUCGCACCGCCAGUGCUCUCAUCCGAUGCGAUCGCUCCUGGUCAUGACGAGUAUUCAUCGGACUGGCAUCUGGACCAUGUCAAGCGACACGACGUUGCUCAGGCUGAUGUUGCCGCAUUGAUGGCCUAUCUCGUCGGUGUCGAGUUUCCUGCCAAUUCUGUCGGCGAACUUCCUUUGUCGUACGUCUCUUCCAGCAUCAACGAAAAGGCAGAAGCGGCCCUUGUCAACGCUCGCGGAAUCCUGGAAAUGUACAGAGUCAAAGAAGAGCGUAAAAGAGCUACCGAAUUACGCUAUCGGCCAUUCCGUCCUCUGAGCGAGCUAAGUCCAGGUCGCCGGGUGACUGAUAUUCGCCGUUUGAUUGAGGCUGGCAACUACGAGGAGGCCAUUGAGGAGUCGGCUGCUCUGAUGAAAAUCGCCCUAGACGGUCUGAGAUACCUCCAGACUUAUGACUGGCUCUUCCUUCGCACACUCAUCACGGUAGGCUAUCUCGGCUGGAUGGCAUUCGCAAUGACCGGCGUCAUCGAUUUACAUGUAUUGCGGGGAAACCGCACUACUUCGCGAACAACACUGAGUACAACUGUGUUUGCAUCCAUUCUCACAGCGCUGUACGCAUCCUUCAUCAUCUCCCAUUCUCCAAUCAUGUACUACGCCUACGGCUUGUUCCCUGUGAUCUUCUGGGAGGAGGUCUGGGCUCGGCGUGAAUCCCUUGUGGAAGGGCGGAGAGUUCUCUUCGGGCAUAUCAAAACGGGAGGCCGUGCGGUUUCCUUCAUUCUCAACGUGGUCGCUUACGUCGGUGUCAUAGUCUCCCUGGCUCUAGGCUACAUCCACCGGGAGAUCCUUACCCUAAUCUAUGUCCUGGGAGCUUUCUGGCCCUUGACGACCGGGUUCAGCUUUGUCCAGAAGAAUGCAAUCAUCUCAGCCAUAUGGUUCGUCUCAUGCAUUGUCAUGGGCGCAUUCACUUUGCUUCCACCAGCUAUGAACAGCGAGGACGUUUCUCUCAUCGUAGCUGGUGGAAUCAUUAUGGCUGCCAUUGGACUUACCUAUCUGGUCUGGGAAGACCCUCUACUGGCGAAGUCAUCUUCGAGGGAGGGCCAGGCAACUAAACAAGCCAUGCCGAUUGCGAGGGCUCUGACUGGCAUCCAAGUUGGUCUUGUGCUUUUGGCGGUUUUCGUUACUCGAUCCAGCGCACUUUCUCUUCAGGCCAAAUCAGGUCUGCCUCGGGGCAACCAAGUAGUUGGCUGGGUUGUACUAGUUGCUUCACUCGUUAUGCCCCUGACUUUCCGGUUGCAACCCAACAACCAUUACCUGCAUCGCCUCAUGAGCAUGUUUCUCACGUGCGCUCCAACCUUCGUGAUCCUGACUGUCUCGUACGAAGGUCUGUUCUACGUGGCUUUCAGCAUCCUGCUGGUGGCCUGGGUUACUUUGGAACACCGGGUCUUUGCCUUCAAACAGACUGCGGGAGAACACCGACGUCCCGUUUCCAAUGGAAGCGCCGGCGAGGCCAAAAGAGAGCGACAACCAGCUUUCAGGGCCCUUACACUUUCAGAUGCCCGCGUGGCCUUGUUCUUCUUGGUCCUGCUACAGUCAGCCUUCUUCAGCACAGGCAAUGUUGCCACGGUAUCUUCCUUCAGCUUGGAGGCUGUUGCCCGUCUGAUCCCGAUUUUCGAUCCCUUUUCGCAGGGCAUUCUUCUCAUCCUCAAGCUCAUGAUUCCGUUUGCCCUCAUUUCGGCGAACCUCGGAAUUCUCAAUGUCAGACUAGGCGUUGCUCCUUCGUCUCUGUUCAUGAUUGUCAUGGCCAUUAGCGACGUGCUUACCCUGUACUUUUUCUGGGUGGUCAAGGAUGAGGGCUCAUGGUUGGAGAUAGGCUCCACUAUCAGUCACUUUGUCAUUGCCAGUGUACUCUGUAUCUUUGUGGCGGCAUUGGAAGGAGUCAGCGCCCUCUUCAUCGGCGACAUUGAGGUGGCGGGUCUGCAGGGAAGCCGUGACCAGAAACGGAACGAAACAGCGACGUCUGGCUCUGUCGUGGGAACGAUGGCCAACGGCAGAGCGUCGUCAGAAGACAAGUCGCAGUGA